UCUUCCUGAAUGCACCGAGUUGACCAGGACCUCUGCAAGCAUGGUUUCCUUGGGGCUGUGUGGGCUUGUGCUGCUCCUAAUCGUGCGAGCCAGCAGAAGUGCAGGUAUUGGUUUUCGCUUUGCUUCGUACAUUGAUAAUUACAUGGUGCUGCAGAAGGAGCCUGCAGGGGCGGUGAUCUGGGGCUUUGGUACACCUGGGGCCACAGUGAUAGUGACCUUGGGCCGAGGUCAGGAAACCAUCAUGAAGAAAGUGACCAGUGUGAAAGCGUCCUCCAACACCUGGAUGGUGGUACUGGAUCCUAUGAAGCCCGGGGGACCUUUUGAAGUGAUGGCACAACAGACUUUGGGGAUAAUGACUUUUACCCUGAGAGUUCAUGAUGUCUUAUUUGGAGAUGUCUGGCUCUGCAGUGGGCAGAGUAACAUGCAGAUGACCGUUUUACAGGUCUUUAACGCCUCGAAGGAGUUGUCUGACACCUCUGCCUACCAGUCUGUGCGUAUCUUCUCUGUUUCCCUCACCCAGGCGGAGGAGGAGCUGGAGGACCUGGAUGAGGUUGAUCUGUCAUGGUCUAAGCCUACUGCAGACAUUAGAGAUACAGGUAUGAAUAAGAUGAAGUCCCUGCCUUCAGUAACUAAAACUAUGUGGAAAGAGAAGUACUGCUAUAUUUCUGUGAGACACCACGACCAGGCAACUUAUAGAAGAAGACAUAAUUGGGAACUGGCUUACAGCUUCAGAAGAAGGUCACUGAAAGCCUGCGGAGUUCCUGAUGUAAGGAAUGAAAGAGUUCCUCAGCCUUCGAGAGAGCCUGUGAGGAAGGAAUGUAGCAGUGAGGAGUCCUCCUGUCCUCCCAGGAGGUUCACUCCGCCUGAGUUUAUGGCUGGACCUACAACACACUCUGUCCUCUGGAAUGCCAUGAUCCAUCCACUUCGAAACAUGACUUUGAGAGGGGUGGUGUGGUACCAGGGAGAGGCUAAUGCGAAUUACAACAGGGACCUGUACGCGUGCACAUUCCCUGCGCUCAUUGCGGACUGGCGCCAGACCUUCCACUAUGGCUCCCAGGGGCAGACGGAGCGUUUCUUCCCAUUUGGAUUUGUCCAGCUAUCCUCAUAUGAGUUGAUGAACUCAUCAGAUUAUGGAUUUCCCGAGAUCCGCUGGCAUCAAACAGCAGACUUCGGCUAUGUCCCCAACCUGAGGAUGCCCAAUACUUUCAUGGCUGUCACCAUGGAUCUCUGUGAUAGGGACUCACCUUUCGGCAGCAUCCAUCCUCGAGAUAAACAGACAGUGGCCUAUCGACUGCACCUGGGGGCUCGAGCCGUGGCUUACGGUGAGAAAAAUCUGACCUUUCAAGGACCACUUCCUAAGAAGAUAGAACUCUUGGCUCAAAACGGGCUGCUCAGCCUCACCUAUGACCAGGAAAUCUGGGUGCAAAGGCAAGAUAACAAGACAUUUGAGGUGGCCUGCUGCAUUGACCAUCAGUGCAAAUGGCUUCCAGCGCCCAUGAACACUUUCUCCACCCAGACCCUGGUCUUGGGUAUCAAUGUUUGUUUUGGCACAGUGGUUGCUGUUCGCUAUGCCUGGACCACGUGGCCCUGUGAAUAUAAGCAAUGUUCUGUUUACCACCCCAGCAGUAUCUUGCCAGCGCCUCCCUUCACCGCUGUCAUUACACACCAAGAUCCUAGACUUAGGGCAGGGCUAUCCAAACACCUCUGGAGGAGUACCAGCUCUUUUAUACAAGGGCGAUUCCUUUAGGUUUGGGCAUUUAGGAGUUUAAAUGAUAACUGUUUGUUUGUUUGUUUUUCAAGACAGGGUUUCUCUGUGUAGGUUUGGGUGUUCUGGAACUCACUCUGUAGACCAGGGUUGCCUCGAACUCAAGUGAUCCACCUGCCUCUGCCUUCCAAUUGCUGGAUUAAAAGCGUGGGCCUCCACCACCCAGCAACGGCUAUUGCUUUUAAGGGAAAUAAAUGCCUCGUUGAAUAGCUCCCAGCUAGAGAUGCUAGUUGUGUUCUGAGUUAUGUUCCUGUAUUCUGAGAUGAGCAGUGCCUAGCAGACACUCGAAAUGCUCAUUUUGUCCCGUAGUUAGCCCAAGCCUCUGUGCUGGUCUAAUUCUGAACUACAACAUUGGGCCUUACUAACAUUCACUUCCUUGGUAUUGUUGGGAGUGAAAUGCCCCAUUUUUGCCCCUUCAUCCAGAACUGUGGACUCUCAGGCCUGCAAGAGACUUUAAAGGCCCUGGAGGCUCGUGCUUUGUAUGUUCUUUACAACCCCCUGAAAACAGCUAUGAACGUUUCCAUGUGUUUCUUUCUGUGGAGCUGAAAUUUUUAUUUCAUCAAACAUUACUACCCCAUGACCAAUCUUUUAGGCCUCCUUAGACAGACCAUGUUUUUGUAUCUUCAUUAAGCUGCCGCAAAAUAACUUGAUUUUAGCCCAAAUCUUAUUCUAAGGCGAAUCUUUGAGACAUUAUCAGUCCCAUGUUUAGGCCUAAUGGCAGCUGCUAAGGAUUGGCCCUACAGAAUAGAGAGAGAGGCAGGUAUUCAGGCAAAGGAUGGGGAAAUCACAGUCAUAGGGAUACAUGGGGUAAAUAGGUCCUAAAAUAUGCCUCGGGUCUCUGAGAGGUAAAAGUUUAAUGAAGGCUAAUCUCCGUUGAAGAAAAAAGUUAGGCUAAAAGGAAAGUACAGGAUAAGCUUACAGAACAGCUCUGCAGGUGAAGCAAAGGUAAUGAUACAGUUUACCAUUUAAGUAAAGCCAGCUGGCAGCUCUGAAAAGUGCAUCUAUUAGACACUGGAACUAAGCCUGGCGUGGGUGGUGGUGGAGAGGUGAGCUGGUCUACACAGUGAGUUCCAGGGCAGCCAGAGUUACCCAGAGAAAUACUGUCGUGAUGCCCUCUCCCCCGCCCCCUACCCUCCAAAAGAAAUCGGAAAUAAAAGUAUUACAGUUAGUGGCUAUAGAUCCAGUCAAAUUGUUAAGGGUCAGUCUUAGAAUGUGCCUUUGAAGCAUGGGAAAGGAGUGUAAGUGCCACCUGCAUAAAGCUUUCUUGUUCUGUUGAUGUGAGAAAUGGGAACUGAAGAAAUGAGCAUUUCUCAUCAUUCUGUGGGGCUCUGGUGCCAUGAGAAGUGGCAAGAAAGAUGUGUCAGGAGUUUAUUUGGUAAAAAACAAAGACAAAAACCAAACAAACUAUACAUUUUGUUGCACGGGCCUUUGACCUCUGAGGAUUUCUAGCUUACAUUUAACUCCUUUGCCCUCUUGCAUCUGGCCCAUGAAAACAGACGUCUAGUAACCAUCAGUUCCUGAGAAAAAGUAGAAUCUACCUGUGUCCCUCUGCAGCACCCUGCUGUUAAUCUCACUGAAUGAGAAAGUAAGGAUCGUUACCAGAUUCUUUGGUCAAAUUAUGCAAGCUUUAUUUUCUGUCAGACAGGGCUACCUGCCUAAGGUGGGGUUUGAGAAACUAGCACCGAACACGGGAGAGGAUGGGCUUUAUGUAGUUCAAAAAACCCACAAUAGAGGUUUUUCAAGGAUUUCCAGAGGAAUUCUGGCUGUGUGUACUUAGCUGUACAUUUCAAAAUUAUUGGGCAGAGCAUCUUACCAGGGUACAUUUAAGGUGUGAGUCAAAUUCCAUAGGGUAGGGAGAAAUUCUAGAAACAGGUUAAAGCAUGCUCAAGCUUGAAUUUUGCAGCAAACAGAAAUGAACUUAUUCUGAUCUUAUAACAAGAUGGCUUCCACCCUUAAGCUGGAAUCAGGCUUGGUCUAUCACUGGUACACAUGCCCGUGUUCUGAUAUGAAGGCUGGUAGAUGUACCCAAGAACCCCAAGCCCAAGUUCUCUCAUACCCAAGAACUGGAACAUACAGUACAAACUUUGUUUCAGGUAAUGCAUUUAACAAUAACGUUUGAAUUAAAUUUUUAGUGGUUGAAUAGUUUAAAACAUUGUUUGGGGAUUGUGUAUUUCUCCAAAUGGAGAGAAUUUGUAGCUAUUUGAAAAUAAUCACUGACUAGAAAGAGUGUAAGUAAAAAAAACAGCCCCAAAUCAUCACUGAAGGAAAAACACUGCCAUGCUGAACUUUGGCCUGGCUUAUCUUGUAUUGUAUUCCUUAUAGCGUAUGUAUGUAUGUAUAUAAUAGUUAAUACCAACCUUUCCAUGUCUGAAAUUUUUUUGUGGGAUAUGAACUUAAAAGAUAUAGGUGUUGACAAUCCUUAAGUUUUGUUGUUGUUUUUUUUUUUCUUUCUUCAAAUUAAUUAAUUAUUUAUUUUUUUGAGGCUAUAUAGUGCUGGCUGUCCUGGAACUACUUAGAUCAGGCUGGCCUUGAACUCAUAGAGAUCCACCUUCCUGUACCUCUGAAUUACUGGGAUUAAAGGCGUGUGCCACUAUACCCAGCAACUCCUUAAAUUUAUGCAGUUAGUGAAUUAAGGUUUGUGGUUCAAAAAUUGUGAGCCUGUGAUAAUCCACUGAAUUGUAAAAAAUGUCUUUUGAGUCAAGAGUCUCACUUUCAGUCUUGGCUGGCUUUGAACUCACAGAUCUGCCUGCUUUUCCAUUGCUUGGAUUAAAGGUGUGUAAUGCCAUGUCUGACUUAAGAUGAAACUUUGUUAUUCAGGUUGUAAUCCAAUGGGCCGAUAUUUUUAUAUGGUAAAAGGAGCAUGCUGUAGUAACUUGACACGCAAACACGACCAGUUCGCAGGACUAUUCUACUUGUGUCCUCUCUUCUUCCAGGCUGGCAGACAUGGAGCUAUCAACAGCUCAAGUAAUACGGUACACUGAUGCAGAAGUAGGUGGUAUAGAAAGUCCCGCCCACAUUAAUGCUGUAUGUAGGGUCCAAAAGGUACAGCUGUGUAGAGUUUGGUCAAAGUGAAACAACUUGGGUCUAUAUGGAGGAAGGGAACCGAUCUUCAGCUCUGUCAUAGCUGAACAUGUGUAAACAGUGGGUAGAAGCAUUCUUCAAUAAGGCUGAGUUAAGAGGACUUUAUACCCUCAGAAGAGGUGUUAAAUUUGACAAGAAAGGACAACCAGGCCUGGGCUGUACAGGCUGGAGAUCCCAUACCCUAUCAGAGUCAGGUGUAUUAAGUUUUCAGCAUCUGUUUACUUCAUGACAUGAUAUGGACUGGAUCUGUUAAUCCCAACCCUUCAUAAUGUUACAGUUAUACCCUUACGAAGGAAAGGAGGUCAAAAUGGCUCUGCAUAAAAUUAGUUCUCCCUUCCACCAUGCAGUCAUAGCAAGACAGCUAUCUAAGAACCAGGGGACAAGCUAUCACCAGACAUCUUGAACUUUGACU